AUGUACCCCUCUGAGCUGGUUCGGAAGAACUUGGAGAGUUCCUCAGACGAAGAGGAAACUGGAUGGGAUCCAGAGCGGGAGGAGGACGGAUGUGACGACGGGGAUGACGACGACGCUGCCGACUCCGGCGAGGCGGAAGAAGAUGUUACCGAAGUCGGACCCAUUGCCGUCCCGCAGGACUUAGAACGGUCCCGACGAGGUGCGGACAGGGCUGCCUUCAAGAAUCGCUGGAAAACUGUGCAAGAGCGAGUGCGCGGAAUUCGCCACACCCGCAAACCUUCCCCAAAACCGUCUCUGGAGGAGUGCGUUGCUAUUCUGGACGAGGCCGCCUCUCUCCCUCCGCCGGAGCAAGCCCCUGGAGAGGAUUUCGUCGACCAGGCUCAACAAUCGGUGGCAUUGAUCUGGGAUAUGGUAACGAAGGCCCGAGAGUGGGUGGCAAACGUCGCGGACGUUCUCAAUCCGGGCUUGGACCCACGAAAGGUGAACGGGGACAAUGCUGCUAGCAUAGCGGACCUCCAGAGACUUUUGUCGGAAGCAAACAGUCUGAACGUGAGCGUUGCGGAGGCGGAUGAGGUGGCACGCAUUAUUCACGCGGCUGUUGAAUGGCAACGCAAGGUGGACGAAAUCCUCACUACUCUCCAAGCUCCGGUCCGGGGUAGAGCCGGGCGCUCGAACUGCGUCCAGCUUUCGACUCUGCGUAACGUCCUCGACGAGGCAGAGCUCAUUCCUGUCCACCUGGACCAGAGACUACAACUACAGGAACGAGUUGAAAGUACCACCGCGUUGGCAGCUACCAUCGCAGAGGUGUUUCCUUCUGGUCGACGCUUGAAGCCACAACCGGCUUUGGCUACGGCUCAAACGCUAAUGGACAAAGUGAAGGCGUCCGGGUUAGAUUUUCCGGAAUCAUCCAGGCUCAAGAAACACCUUGCCGCUGUGAAUGAUUGGCUUAGCAAAGCAAGAGCUGCAUUGGCGGGUUCCAUCCAGCUCCGCGAGCUUGACAAGCUCCUAACCGAGGCCGACAAGCUGGCGGUGGACCCGGGCCCGAAACUGUCUGAACUUCGAGCCAAGAUGGACAAAGCACGCGUGUGGCUGGACAAGGUUCGCAAGGCUGUACCAAAGCAGAGAUCAACCCGGCGCAACGCUCCGGAUGCUGAGGCCGAAAAGGUGGACUUGAGCCAUGUGAAGGGUCUGCUCAGCUCUUCAUCGACAACUGGAGUGGAAAUGGACAUGAAGGAAUUCAGCCAUACAAACGACCUCAUCGAGAAUGCAGAAGAGUGGAUGACACGAGUGAAGGACAUGCUCGAGUCUGGCGAACCGACCACGCUACAGGCACUGGAAGCCCUGCUCAUCGAGGCGGAAGGCAUUCCAGUCCAAAUGGAGGAGCAGCAACUGCUCACGGUUGGCAUCAAGUCGCGACAGUGGCGGAUUCGCGUUGAUGCCACUCUUGCUGCCGGCAAAUCGAAACUGCACUCCCUGCAAGAUCUCGCAACCGAGGGCGCAACGCUGCGGGCGGGAUUCCCCAAGGAUGCCAAGAACCACCGGGUGUAUGCCUUUCUAGACGAGAGCAAGCUGCAAGCCCUCAUCAAACGGGGAAAGGCGUGGACGACCAAGGCAAAGAACUGCAUUCAAUCCAUGCAAACUGGGCGUGUGAUGUCUGCCGCUCACCUACUCAACUUGCUGGAGGAGGCGAAGUCAAUCAAAGUUAACCUUUCCCCCGAGGUGGAUUCUUUGCGCCAGGCGGUAAAAGAUCUUUGCGAGUGGCGCGCAGACUACGAGCACAUUCUGCGUCCACUUGGGCUAUGUUCUGGACUGCCGCCGUUGCAUGGUCGGGGUCCAAACACCGCGAAUGCUACUAGCAGCGAUGCGUGUUCCAACCACGCAGGCCCCGAGGGCGGUGGUGAGGCAAGUAUCGCCAAGAUGGAUGUUGACGGUAACACAUCGCAGGGCGAUACACGCGAGAUUGGUUCGUACGGCGCCGGUGGUGGGGGGGCGGGGUCCCGAGGGGCUGGGGAAAAGAUCACGUUGCAAAAUCUGUCGGCCUGUAUCCAUGCAGCGGAGAAGAUCGCGGUUGGCCGCAGCCUGAAAGAGGUGCGAGAAAUGCGCGCGGUGUUGCAACGUGCGAACGAUUGGAUCGAGCAGUGUCAAAGCUUGUGUCCUCGGCGCCAAAGCAAGCGCCGCGUCCAGCCCAGUAGCAAGCCAACCUUCGAUCGCCUUAAGAGCUUAAUCGCACAAGGCCUGGCCUCGCCAGUGGGGGUCACGGACGAGGUGAACCGAGUUCGAAGGCACAUCGCUGAGGCUGAAUCGUGCCAGCAGAGCGCACAGUCGGUAAUUGACAAGGCUUGCAGUGACUUGGCUGACCAAACAGUCGAACGGAAGGAACUCUGGCGUAAGGAAGACGAAGAGUGUCGACACAGAGGAAAUUCGCGGCAGGAGAAGCAGCCUUCUGAAAAUCCCAAAGACUCUGCACAGCGCAGUGUUCAAGCAGCAGAGGGAGACAAGAAUGACGAGAACCGACAAGGAAAACCCGCUGGUGCUGGGAACGAUGGCGACUCAGACGACGAAAGCGACGAUGUGGACCGUGAGGACGAACUGGACGAAGCAGAGGAGGCAAUCGGAAAGGCAUUGGAGCAACUCCUCCUAACGUCUAGGGACAUCACCGUAUUCAUGCCCGAGGAGCUCGUGGCAGAGAAAGUGCAAAAGAUCAUAGGGUGGGCCAGGAGCGUAAGGGAAAGCGCGUCCUUUGCUGGCGACGGCUUGCAGCUAAGCCAGGCGAAGGAUAUCGUCAAGGUUGGCAAAGGUGUACUUGGCCUCAACGUUGACAACGAACUGGAGGGGAAAGCGCUAACGCCGAGCAUCGUCAAGUCUUUGGAGGUUGUCAUCGAUUGCUACCAGGGCAAGGUGGAAGAGAUCCAAAAAAAGCUGAAAAAAGCAGAGGCAUGGAUGGCGAAAGCUAAGGAGUUAGUUGGCAGAGAGGCCGUCACGAUGGAGGACUUCGAGAACUUGCUCAAAACUGCGGAAGAUGUUGGAGUGGAGAAUGAAGACAUGUCAAAAAAGAUUCGGGCAGAGAUGGGACGAUGCAGGGCAUGGGGGGUCAAGGCUGAUUCUGCUCUGGAAGGGCCCAAGCUCGGCCUUAACGCCUUGAAAAAACUUAUCGUGGAAGGGGAGAAAAUCAAGACAUCCGGGAAGAAGCUCAAGGAUUUGAAGCAUCAACAAAAGCUGGCGCUCAGGUGGACGACACGGCUGAAGAAGACGGGUAUAGAGAAAGGCACAGCAAGCAUCAACGAGCUCAAGUCCAUGAUUCCCGAAGCUGCCGAUAUUCGCGUCGACCUGACCGACGAUAUUCGUGUCCUAAAGCAAGCCACGUGCAGCUACUGCAUCUGUAGCAGGCCUGGCGAGGAUCUAGGUCCCUUGGUGGAUUGCAAGAAAUGCGGGGAAGGCUACCACCAAAUUUGCAUGGGCAUCAGUCCAGAGAAAGCUGCGGCUCUAGAGGCAUCUGAGGAAGGGUUCAAGUGCAUUCGCUGCCGCAUCAGCAGCCUUUUCACAAGCGCGGAACAAGCGAUGCUGACGGCGAUGAAGCGCUGGAUGCCGUCCACGUGCUUCGCGGACCAGGCAGGGUUCGAUGAGGCACCUCUCGGUGAUGUAUCAGGUGCGCCGGGUCGGGACCGUUGGCAAUCUUCGCAGAACUUUGCUGCUCUGGCUGGGGUAGUACGAGACGCCAUGAACCUUCCCCGCAAAAAGAUAAGGACCAGCCUUGGGGUGUUGUCCGAGGUGGAUAACAACAUCAACGCACUCUCAACACUUCCCUGGGGUAAAACUGCUUCAGGAGAAGAGCAGCACCAACACGCCAGGGCUAUGCUGUGCAGUUUGCGGGUGUUGCUGUGGUGCACCAUGGCGCAGUGGGCGGUGCGAAAGCCUCCAUCUGUUAUCCUGCUGUACGACCUCGUGUCGCAAGGGUCGCAACUCACACAAGUAGACCAUAACCUGCUGGAAACCCUGGGGCAUAUGGCGAAGAGGGCUUCGCUGUGGGAGGCAUCUGUGAGAGAUGCAUUUCGCGGCCCAGCAGAGAACGUCGACAGCCUCAUCGAUGUUGACACUCUCCAGAAGCUCCUCGAAGAAGCGAAGCAUAUCCCCGUGCUUCUUUCGUUGGAGCCGAAGGUUGUGGCAGCCCUAGACGAUGGAGGCAACCGCUACUGCCUUUGCCGAGGUCCAAACGACGGCACUUUCAUGGUGCAAUGCGACGAUUGUGAUCAAUGGUUCCACGGGAGCUGCGUCAACCUCAAGGAGGGUGACAAGAGCCUCAACAACUUUGAGUGCCCCGGGUGCGCAAAGAAGAAGGGCGGACAGUACACCCAUGGCACGAUAGAUAUGAAUGCUCUCAAGGAGCGCGGUGUUGCUGCCGCUGCUGUGGCCCCGGUAGAGGCCGCACCGCAGGGCGAGGAAGAGACAGGCGGCGACGACCCCGUCAGCAACACGUGUAUGUGGCCCCCGCCGGAGGCGGAGUAUUUCUUCGGAACGCUGGACCUGACUCAGCUUGCUGGUUCGGACCCGGGCCCACCUCCCGCACCGGAGCCAGAACCACCAGCAAGUGGAAUAAUGCAUGCAGCGAGUGAAGCAUACAGGUUCCAGGAGAUGCCACGAAUGGCGAUAGCAGCAUCGCAAGCACCUACGGUCGAGCCGGAGACAACGCAGCACAUGGCACCGCAGUAUCCUGUGCAACAGUACUUGCCCGCCGCCGGAGCAAGCCCGACAGGACCCCCUCCGUACGGAGGCCUAGCGUAUUACCAGCACUACCCACACGCCGUUGAUCCCUACAGUCCUCACUCCACCGACCACUACGGGCCUCACAUGGCAGCCCCCCAGCAGCAGGCCCUCCCGCCGGACCCGUACGCUUUUGCGACGGCCGGUAGACCCGUGGUCGAGCGGACUCCGGAGGGUGGAGAGGGGGCGAGGAAGAGGGCUGCUGAAGGCGCGGCUGCAACCAUUGCUACCGCAGGCAUCAAGAGGGCAAGAACUGACGAAAACCCUCCCAGCUGA